CGGGGGCCCCGGCGCGGCGCGGGCGGGCGCCGCGCCCGGCGGCCGCGCCGUGGAGCGCUGCGGAGGCGGGUGGCUCUGCUGCGAGCGGCCCGAGAGCGGCUCGGCCUCCACGGGCUCCGCGCGCGCGUCCUGCGACGAGGCGUCGAGCUCCGACGCCAGCACGCACCGCCCAGAGUCCGCGGAGCCGCGCAGGCCUGCUCCUUCCCGGGGUGCGUCUGCGGAGCGGCUGCGGUGCCCGGGGGGCGAGCCGGAGCUCUCACAGGCCGGGCUCCCGCGGGCCAGGAGGCAGCUGGCGCUGGAGUUCAACUCCAUCGGGGCUCAGCUCAAUAUGCUUGAAGAGGAGGAGGACCUCGGGCGCGUGCUGGUUGCCAGGCGGUGCCACUCCCUGGGCUUCGAGUCGGAGCAGCUCCUUAUGAAUCACUGCUCGCAGUUCGGGCGGGUCAGCAGGGUGCUGGUCAUCGGGCAAGAGGCACAAGCCGAUGGGCCCGGUGCGGCUCCGCCCGGGGAACAUCGGCUUCAUCGUCAUGGCGGAGGCCGAGGGCGCCGCGCGCGUGUUCCGGGAGGGCGCCGAGCAGGCCGUGGCUGGCAGGCGCAUCGAGGUCGGGCCCUUCCGGCGCCCCGCGCCCGCGCGGUGAGCUGCGCGGGGCACCGCAGCCGCAGAGGAAGUUCUGCUCAAGGGGCCACGAUAGGAGUUCUGGGUUCGGGGUGUCUCGAGCCGGCCACACAUCUGCUCCCUCUCGUGCAGGGGUCUCGCGAUCGCCCGCGGCGCCUCGCACCCACGAUGCUGCGUGUUCCGCCCGGGCGCCGGACGCUCAGCCUAGCCUCGAGGGCGGAGGGCUGCAUCGCCCCUCCCGCCCUUCCGGGGGCACGGCGAAGAGCCGCAUUUUCUUCUGCCUGCCACGACAGCAGUGGCGCCAGGAAUGAUGAUGACACGACCAGGGUCGCGGCCUCUCGGAGUCCACGACGCCCCGAUUCUGUGGUGCAGUUUUUCCAGAGGGGCCACGGCCCGUCCAAGCCCCCCUCCCCGGAGCCGGGGGGGGGGGGGGCGGGUCCCCUCUGCUCAGUGCGCCUUUGACCUCUUGGCAUCGCUCGGACGUGUGCUUUUUUCCUUCGGCGAGCGAUGGCCAGGCCUGCACCCUCCGCACCUUGCGCGCGUCCUCCUGCUCCUCCUCCGCCUCCUCCUGCUCCUCCUCCUCCGCCUCGUCCUGCUCGUCCUCCUCCCCCCCCCCCCCGCUCUGGCGCGCCUCCGACAGCCCAGCUGGCUUGAGCCAGGAAGGCGGCAGCGGCUUGGCUUAAGUGCAGCCGGGCGGUGCAGCCGGGUGCCACUGCGCGGGGGCGCCGGGCUAGAUGGGCUGCGGCCACAGCAGCGUCGGGUCUGCGACGCGCUUGUUGGGGGAGGAGCAGGAUACGAACGGGCAGGAGAUAUUUGAAAACAGUAGGCGCCCGCGAAUGGAACUCGGGAAUCGGUCUCGCCUGGCCUCCCGCUGUUGAUUCUCGGCGGCGGACGGCGGGCUUACGUGCAUGUUCUAUAUGGAAGCUCAGCUGAUUUGCUGAGUGCCGUGUGGCACCAAUGGCAUUCGGAAUGAGCGCUGCUUGGCUGAAUUCAAUUUUUUGUGCUACGUGAUGUGUGCGCAGCGGUCAGCUGCACUCGCUUUCUCCAACUUGAAUUCGCAGGGUUCAUCGUCAAGCCAAUGCUUGUGAUGCUCCCGCGUGUCACCCGAAAACUACGCUGUUCGGCCCGCUGUUGGCCAGCGUUCGGCCCGCUGUUGCACAGACAUGCGUGCGCUGCGUGCUGCAUCGACUCGCACCGGGCGCGAGGUCGCGUCCCGGCCCGCCGCUUCACCGGCAGAAGCAGCUGGGAGUGGCCGAGAUGCGAGGAUCGGGGACCGGGGAU